AUGGCAACAAUUCUCAAGGCCAUCCUGGGAAAGGUGGACAGGGUAAAAAAGGCCACCAAUUCGUACAUUGAUGAUAUUCUGGUGGAUGAAACCGUAAUGCCAGCAACGGAGCUCAGAGGCCACCUGAAUAGUUUUGGACUGAUCGCCAAGCCACAAGAGGCAAUGGAGGGAGGUGCUGCACUGGGCCUCAAGCUAUGGAGAGACAAGGCCGGCGCGUUGGUGUUCCGGCGAGGGAAUGAGAUCCCCGAACUGGGCGCCAGCAUGAGUAGACGGGAACUGUUCUCUGUGUGGGGGAAGCUGGUGGGACACUACCCGAUUGCAGGAUGGUUCCGGACAGCAUGUAGCUUCAUCAAGAGACGAGCUGAAGGAGUGAAGUGGAACGAUAGAGUGGGGGAAAAGACGACCGACAUGAUACAGGAAGUCUUGGUCAAAGUAAGAGCAGAGGACCCGGUGAGGGGCAGUUGGUAUGUUCCCAAAUCAAUGAGCGGGAUUGUAUGGUGUGACGCCAGUAGAAUCGCAAUAGGGGUUGUCUUAGAAGUGGGAGGUGUCAUGGUAGAAGAUGCAGCCUGGCUCAGGAAGACGGAUGACUGCAAUCAUAUCAAUGUGGCGGAGUUGGAUGCCGUGUUGAAGGGUGUGAACCUAGCCUUGAAGUGUGGGUUGCAUACCAUAGAAAUCAGAACUGAUUCAGCCACUGUACUUGGUUGGAUGACAGCAGUCAUCACUAAUGAGCGGAGGGUGCGGACCAAAGGGGCUGCAGAGAUGCUGGUAAAGCGUCGAUUGGGGAUACUGCGUGAACUAGCCACUGAGUUCAAUCUGAAGCUGAGCGUGAUAUUUGUGCCUUCCGAGAAGAACAGGGCGGACGUCCUGACCAGGGUAAAGCGAGCCUGGUUACAGGUGCCAGAGGAUGUGAAGCAGGCUGUAGCUGCAGUAUGCCGUCUGAGUGAUUCGGAGUUGCGGAGAUUGCAUACCAUGCAUCACAUGGGGGUGGACAGGACAUAG